AUGGCGGACAAACAACCUUUUGUAACGCAUCUCUACACAGCGGACCCAUCCGCACACGUCUUCAACGGCAAGCUCUACGUCUACCCGUCGCACGACCGCGAAACAGACAUCAAAAACAACGACAAUGGCGACCAAUAUGAUAUGAACGACUACCAUGUCUUCAGCAUGAGUGAGGUGGGUGGACCUGUCACAGACCAUGGCGUUGCGCUCAAAGCAGAGGAUGUCCCAUGGGUCUCAAGACAACUGUGGGCCCCUGAUGCGGCUGCAAAAAACGGCAAAUACUACCUUUACUUUCCUGCAAGAGAUAAAGAUGAUGUCUUCAGGAUUGGUGUUGCGGUGGGAGACAAGCCGGAAGGGCCUUUCAAAGCAGAGCCAGAACACAUCAAAGGCACAUUUAGUGUUGACCCGGCAGUCUUCGUCGAUGAUGACGGAGAGGCAUAUCUGUACUUUGGAGGUCUUUGGGGCGGGCAGCUACAAUGUUACGCCAAAGGGUCAUUCGACAAAUCGCAACUCGGGGCAAAUGAACCUUCGACUGGUAAUGCGUUGCACGCCAAGGUGGCCAAGCUGAGCGACGACAUGUUAUCGCUCGCCUCUCCAGUCUCCGACGUGGUCAUCCUGGAUCCCUCUACGUCCGAGCCCAUCCAUGCGGAGGACCAUGCUCGCCGCUUCUUUGAGGCGGCAUGGCUGCACAAGUACAAUGGCAAAUACUACUUCAGCUACUCCACCGGCGACACACAUUAUCUUGCCUACGCCAUUGGUGAUACCCCGCUCGGUCCUUUCACGUACGGGGGCCGGAUAUUGGAGCCAGUAGUUGGCUGGACGACGCAUCACAGCAUCGCGGAAUUCAAGGGCAAGUGGUACUUGUUCUACCACGAUAGCUCUCUGAGCGGUGGCGAGAACCACCUGAGAAGUGCAAAGAUCAGAGAGAUUGUGUAUGACGAGCAAGGCAAGAUUCAUUUGGCGGAGCCUCAGCCACAGAUCAAACCGCCGGCUGCGAGAUUGGAGGAAGAAGAUUCAUGA